AUGUUUGCAGUCAAGUUCCUACGAGCACCUGCUCGCAAUGCUGUUCGGACAGGCAUCAGGGCCUUCUCGUCUUCUUCAAGCAAUGCAGAACCCAAAUUAUGGACUCCAGUACCAUACAUCACAGAAACAAUAGGAGGAGGCUGGCGUUCCUCCGACAUUUUCUCAAAGCUACUUCAGGAACGUAUAGUGUGCCUCAAUGGAGAGGUAAAUGAAACAGUUUCUGCUGCCGUUGUGGCACAACUCCUCUACCUCGAAUCCGACAACCCAGACAAAGCGAUUACCCUCUACAUCAACUCGCCCGGCGGCUCGGUCACAGCUGGUCUUGCGAUCUACGACACCAUGUCAUACAUACGCUCACCAGUAUCUACCGUGUGCGUUGGGCAAGCAGCCUCAAUGGGUUCGUUACUUCUAUGCGGAGGGGAAAAGGGGAAACGGUUUUGCCUGCCUCAUUCUUCGGUCAUGGUACAUCAACCAAGUGGAGGGUAUUUCGGACAGGCGUCAGAUAUUGCCAUCCAUGCGACGGAGAUCUUGCGAGUUCGGAAGCAGCUGAAUCAAAUCUACAUGAAGCAUUUGACCAAACCCCAUUUGCUGGACGAUAUCGAGCGGUUGAUGGAGCGAGAUAAGUUCCUGAGUGCCAACGAAGCGCUGGAGAUGGGAAUUGUGGACGAGAUAUUAGACCGCAGAGUGAAGGAUAAGGAGGGCACGGCGCCGCCAUAG